GAUACUCCUGUCACACAAGUUCUUGUUGAGAGGCAUUUGAAUCAAAAUAAUUCGGAAGUAUCGAGUAUUGAACUAGAUUCGGAAGUGUCGAGUAUUGAACUAGAUUCUGAAUUGUCGAGUACUGAACUAGAAAGUUCUUAUAAAAAUACAGAUAUUCCUGUCACUCAAGUUCUUGUUAAGAGGAAUUUGAAUAAACAAAAUUCGGAAGUGCCGAGUACUGAACUAGAAAGUUCUUAUGAACAUACGGUAGCUUUUGAGUUAUUUUUUUAUUGUCAAAAUAUUGUAGAGCGGAUAACUUAUAGUUUAUUUAAUUUCCAGGAAAUUCCUGUAACUCAGGUUCUUGUUGAUAGGGAUUUGAAUCAAAAUAACUCGAAACUAUCAAGGCGUGCUUCUA